UGUCACACAAGGCAGCUUCAAGGCCGGGCAGCGUUUGUUGAACUUGGCCGUGCCUCUUGCAACAACGCCCAGCGGGGUUUGGUCUCCCUUCAAAGAGACUGUUAGAAAGUAGUGAUAACCACUGGAGGCACAUUAUCCCUAGGAUCCUCGAGAACCGUUUCGAUCGCUUGCCUUUCAUACCAUUAUCCCAUCGAUAAACGGCGGCGUUCACGACUCCAAUACCGCCUACCCUUCCUUGGUUUCUACCGCCUAUUCCAAAAGAAUCGCCCGUUACCAUGGACUCCGAGGUAGCUCCCUCGGCGACACCCCGGCUAUCCAGGAGCUCCACAGCCCUGGCUCCUGGACCGAUUGCCUCGGGGACGCAGCACGUAUGCUUCAUCUGCCUGCUCAACGACUCGGAAACCCCCGACGCGAGCUGGGUGAACCCGUGCCCGUGCACGCUCGAGGCCCACGAGGAAUGCAUGCUCCGCUGGGUGGCCGAGACGGAGCAGUCGACGUCGCGGCCCAAGAACGGCCUGCGCUGCCCGGCCUGCAACGCCCGCAUCCGCGUCGACGAGCCGUACGACCCGGUCGUCCACCUGCGCGACCGCCUGCACCGCGCCUAUAGCCGCUCGUCGCCCCUGAUCCUGCUGGCCCUGGUCCUGAGCGGCGGCAUCGCCGGCUCCGGCUGGUACGGCCUGACCGCCACGCACAUCUUCGCCGGCCGCGAGGCCACCUCCAGGUGGCUGGGUCUGCACACCUUGGCGGGCCGCCGGGCGGACGUGCCCCUGUGGCGGUGGAUGCCGUUCUGGAAGCUGAAUGCCAAGAUCUGGGUCUUGUCCCUCGUCGGGCCGGUGCUGACGAUAUGUCGGGCCCUGCAGCCGCUUGGGAACUUGGUGAUGAUACCGUCGUCGCUUUUGUCAGGCGUGAUCCUCGUUGCUAGAGACGAGAUGCCCACUUGGCCGCCGUCGCCCGCAUGGGCCAUGACCCUAUUCCCAUUCCUCCAGUUUACGUACUCCAACAUCUAUUACGAAUUCUUCGGCUCGUUCGAGAAGCGUAUGAACCGGGCGUUACGGGGCAGGCCGGCUGAGGAAGAGCAGCAGCAGCCAGCGGGACAUCGCGGAGCCGCGGGGCACGCUCAGCCUGAGGGACAGGCUCAGGAGCGGGACGAAGGCCUCUGGGCGACAGUCUGGGGCCUCGGCCAGGCCGUUGUCGGUCUGUUCGGCGAGGACGAGAUUGUCCUAGAGGCCGAAGUCCGCGUGGGAGGCGGAAAUGGCGACGAGCUCGACGAGGCCGACGAGGCCGAAAUCGAGGCCGAAUUGAUGGCACUCGAGCGGCAAGUCGUGAUCGAUGCCAUGGAUGAGCUGCGCGAUGAGGAGCUCGCUGCACAGGAGGCUAUCGAGCGGGAAGUGGUGGAAGCGGACGGCGAAGCUGGACCACCACCUCAGCCAGAGCAGGGCCAGGCUCAGAACCCACCACAAGGUCAGGCGGCGCAAGACCAGGCCCAGAAUAACCAGGACCAGGCCCCAGCAGCUGAGGAUAACCGGGCAAACACAACCCUGACAGACAUCGUCAACAACAUCGUGACAUCGCUCCUCUACCCUUCGAUCUGCUUCGGCAUGGGCGAGCUCCUCCGCCUGACCCUCCCGCGCAACUUGGUGACUCGACCAGCCUGGGGAAGGCCUACGGGGCUCCUGCAGGAGCGCUGGGGGCGUAGCCUGGCGGGAGGCUGCCUGUACGUCGUGCUGAAAGAUGCAUUUGUCUUGUACGCGAAAUACCGGCGCGUGCAGGUGAAGCAGAACCGGAAGGUGAGGAAUGUCGAGAAGCGGAGGUAGCCUGGCACCUUGAGCAUGCCUGUUGCGGAGAGCAAUACGAGGCAAGAGAAGAGAAGGAGAGGGAGGGUGGCUAGAACAGCCUGAUGACCGAUUGUACAAAUAGCAGACAUACAUAGAUGGCAUGAGCUAUGGCGUUUUUGGCAGUGGACCAGCAAGGAGGCUUGGACAGGCACAGACACAGGCACGUUCGACUGGGAGGAUUGAGUUCCCUUUAUCCAGAAAAUGGCAAACCUCCUUCCUACUUUCUAUAUCGUGGCAAAGAUAACCCAAGCAGCACACGCUUCCGGCGUAAGAGGAUUCCCCCCGCACCUAGCUAUGCCGUGACAGAAAACC